CGUGCUCACUGCCCCUCCCUACUUCCUGGUAUAAAACAUCCAGCAGCGAUCGACGUCCCGAUCCCGCCUGCUAGUGCGUCUCAAAGACCUCCGCCAUGUCCUUCCUCGCUCCUCCUGGUUACCAGCCCGUCUACGGCCCCACAAUUCCGUAUCUGGGGCCCAUCUAUGGAGGUCUGAGGGAGGGAGCGUCCAUCUACUUCCAGGGCUCGGUUCCGGACAAUAUCACCAGGUUCUUCGUCAACCUGUUGUGCGGACCGUCCGAGUCCAGCGACAUCGCCCUCCACUUCAACCCGCGCUUCGACGGCUGGGACAAGGUGGUCUUCAACAGCCGGCAGAAUAACACCUGGGAUGCGGAGGAGAAGAUCCGCGACAUGCCCUUCAGCAAGGGCGAGGCCUUCGAGAUGGUCGCGGUGUGCUCGGCGCAGGGCUACCAGUUCAAAAUCAACGGGAAAGACUUCCACACCUUCAAGCAUCGACUCCCUUUGGCGAGAGUGUGUGGCAUGCAGAUUGGGGGAGACGUUUCCAUCCAGACGAUUAACGUCAUCGGGGGUGGCGGAAUGGGGCAGCAGCAGGGAGGAUACCCAGGAGGCAGCAUGGGGCAGCAGCAGGGAGGAUACCCAGGGGGCAGCAUGGGGCAGCAGCAGGGAGACGGUACGGGAGGAAGGCCAGGAUGUGGAGGAGGAUACCCAGGAGAUUGUGGAGGGGGUGGCUAUCCGGGUGGAAUGGGGGGCAGUAUGGGGGGUGGAUUCCCAGGAUCAAGCCUGCCGAGUAUGGGCGGACAGCCAAUCUACAACCCUCCGAUCCCGUACUCGGGCGUGAUCCCAGGAGGAAUGUUCCCCAAGAGGACCGUCAUCAUCAGAGGCACGGUGCCCUACCAGGCGAGCAGGUUCAGCAUCAACUUCCUGGCGAGCAGAUCUGGUGACAUCGCCUUCCACAUCAACCCGCGCGCGAGGGACGGCGUGGUGGUGCGUAACAGCAUGAUCGGCGGCCGCUGGGGCCAAGAGGAACGCCAGCUCGGCGCCAGCCCCUUCCAGGAGGGCCAGUACUUCGAUCUGUCGAUCCGCUGCGGCAGCGACCGCUUCAAGGUGUUCAUCGACGGGCAGCCGCUGUUCGAUUUCACUCACCGCACGUGUGCCGUCAACGACAUCGACAAGCUGGAGGUGGCGGGCGACGUGCAGAUCUCCUACAUCCACUUCUGAAAGCACACCCGGUUUGCGCCAACACCGCCUGCGCGUGAUAUCCCCAUGUCAACCAACAUAACACAAAUUGCUUUAUUUUUCUGUGUACAAAAUACUGGAGAUAAUUUAAGCAAACCAUGACGAAUAAAGGUCAUUGUUUUCAGUCAA